CGUAUUUCGAUCCAACCAUAUCUCUGAUUCUGACCUUCCAAUUGCACAUCCAAUCCACAAACAACAUAGCCAGAAUACACGCCCAGCUGAACCCCACCGCGGCUCUAAUCGCUAUCUGAAUGGCUUAACUCCCUCCCCCGGGAACAUCCUCCGCCACGCCGAAGCAUAACCCUGACCCGCUGUCCUCGCUCGUUCGCGCGUUCUGGCCCAUUUGACAGGCCGAACACCACACUCCCCUUACUGUCACCACCAAAUCCCGCAGCGCUCUUCUGCCUGCUGCGACGGUGCCCUCUGCAUCUUCGGCGUCGCAUAUCCACCUUCUCGUCUUUUCACGCCGGCGAACCCUCCCGUAGCCCAUCAUGCCUGGAGACCGGCGCACCUUCUCGGGCGUGUCCCUGUCGACCAACAAGUCUGUCAACGGCUCCAACUCGCAAGUCGGCCAGAAGAUCAAGAACUUUUUCCGCAUCACAUCGUCUUCCACCAAAGACGAGCCGAUUGGCCAGGGAAAGACCAGUUCUGAAGGCCCCUCGACCCCGCGCUCCGAGCACAAACUCCGCAACAGUCGCUUCCUGCCACAUAUCGGUCGAAAUAGGAGUCAGACCGUCGCCAGUGAAGGCAAUGCCCUCGAUGAACUGAGUCCUACCGCCAACGCCAAUCCCUACUUUGCCCAUCAAGGCCCGCCAGCUCUCCGCCAUCACAACGCCGACAGCGUACCUCCAAGCCCUCCGGACACACCCAUCAAGAAGGGACAAGAAGCUGAAGACGAAGCUGCCGCUGUUGCAGGCAAGGAAGAGCUAGCACGAAAACUACGUCGUGUCGCCAGUGCCCCCAAUGCUCAGGGCUUAUUCACAAAGACCAACUCCAACGACAGUCGACCACAGACUUCCGACAUGAUGACCAAAGCGUCUCCGUUAGCUCAGCAACAUUCAAACAUUUCGGUACAGUCAAUGGUCGAGACAGUUCCUAUGAGCAGCUCUCCCGACUUGUUACCUGUACCCGGCAUUCCCAGCCCCGGCAAGAUUAGGAGUGCGGCCGCGUUCCGUAGGACCUAUAGCAGCAACAGCAUCAAAGUCCGCGACGUCGAGGUCGGGCCUAGCAGCUUUGACAAGAUCAAGUUGAUUGGUAAGGGCGAUGUUGGAAAGGUAUACUUGGUGCGCGAGAAGAAGAGCUCUAGACUCUAUGCCAUGAAGGUACUCAGCAAGAAGGAGAUGAUCAAGCGCAACAAGAUCAAGCGCGCCCUGGCCGAGCAGGAGAUUCUAGCCACCAGCAACCAUCCAUUCAUUGUCACGCUGUAUCAUUCGUUCCAGUCCGAAGACCAUUUAUACCUCUGCAUGGAGUACUGCAGUGGAGGAGAGUUCUUCAGAGCUCUCCAGACUCGCCCAAACAAGUGUGUUGACGAAGACGCUGCACGCUUCUAUGCCGCCGAGGUCACAGCCGCUCUCGAGUACCUCCAUCUCAUGGGCUUCAUCUACAGAGACCUCAAACCCGAAAAUAUUCUUCUUCACCAGUCCGGCCAUAUCAUGCUUUCAGACUUCGAUCUUUCCAAGCAGUCAGACCCAGGCGGUGUGCCCACCAUGAUCAUGUCUGGUCGCAACGGUGUUUCAAACAAUCCAAACAACAUGCCCGCCAUCGACACCAAAUCGUGUAUCAACAACUUCCGCACAAACUCGUUCGUGGGUACAGAGGAAUACAUCGCGCCUGAAGUCAUCAAGGGCUGUGGUCAUACUAGUGCAGUCGAUUGGUGGACUUUGGGAAUCUUGAUCUACGAAAUGCUGUACGGCACGACGCCAUUUAAGGGGAAGAACAGGAACGCCACAUUUGCCAAUAUUUUGAGAGAUGAGGUGCCCUUCCCUGAAGGUAGUGGCUACCCAAACACCAGCAACUUGUGCAAGUCUCUGAUCCGCAAGCUUCUCAUCAAGGAUGAGCUCCGUCGACUAGGUUCGCGUGCCGGCGCAUCAGACGUCAAGGGCCAUCCCUUUUUCCGCACGACACAAUGGGCUCUUUUGCGUCACUCUAAGCCUCCGAUUAUUCCCAAUCAGGGCCGCGGCGUCGACACUGUGAACUUCAGAAACGUCAAGGAGAGUCAUAGUGUCGAUCUUGGUGGCUCCAAGAUGAAGGGAGUACCGCUCGACAGUAACCUAGCAACGCCUGGCGGCGAAAUCGCCGAUCCCUUUGAGGAGUUCAACUCCGUUACGCUGCAUCACGAUGGAGACGACCAACACCACGAUCACCAAUAUCACGAGGCGCAAAGAUAG